GUCUUGACGUCACCAGCGCGUGAAGAAAAAAAACCCGGAAGAAGUAACCAGUACGUGGCCUUAUUUAUCUGGAACGGUAGCUGUGGGAAUCUCGCUUCUCUACAAAAUGGAACUGGAGGCCAUGACCAGAUACACCAGCCCGGUGAACCCAGCGGUGUUCCCCCACCUCACUGUGGUGCUGCUGGCGAUCGGCAUGUUCUUCACAGCCUGGUUCUUCGUUUAUGAAGUAACAUCGACAAAGUACACACGGGACGUCUACAAGGAGCUGCUGAUCUCCCUGGUGGCUUCACUUUUCAUGGGCUUUGGUGUGCUUUUCUUACUGCUGUGGGUUGGCAUCUAUGUAUAAAGGUGGCUGGGCUAAAAGAACGUUACACAUUCCGAUGGCCGUAUGGGACAGAGGACAUCCGACACGACACCAGAUUCUAAUUUAAUGGCACUGACAAUAUGUUUUUGAAUCACACGGACUCUGGAUUUCAUUUCACAAGUAAAGGGGAUUUAUAGAAACUAUGGUGUCAUUCUUUAAACCUGAUCAGUGAUUAUUCCACUUUUUUUGUGUGUGUGUGUACUGUCGCAAAAGUAUUCACACCCGUUGAACUACUCCACUUUGUCACAAACCACAGAUGGCAGUGCAUUUCAUUGGGAUUUUAUGUGAGAGACAAACAAGAGUGGAAGAGAUAAUCAAAUUGUUUUGCAAAUAAAAGUCUGGGAAGUGUGGUCGGUA